CGCGAAGGGCCCUCUACAGUGCUGCCAGUGUUGUGUCAGCAGGCCUUGAAUCAUGAUCUUGAGAAAUUGCGUCUAACGGCAUCCCUCCCGCUUCGCCUUCCCUCCCGCCUCUCCAUCGCAUCGAAUUCCGUACACUGCACCACAGAGAUGCUCCACAGUCCAGAGGGCGCCAGGGACUGAGGCUCUCGGCUGCCGAGCGGGUUUUGUCCACCUGGCCCUUGUCUUUGUGAAGGUCCUCUUUCCGCCACCCACCGCACCGCAUAAGUAAGUGUUUGUCUGCUGUGCUGCCGGCUCCCUUCCGUCCCGCCACCCUUCUGCAGCCUCAGAAUGAGCAGCCCUUCGCCCAGCAGCCCCGGCCCCUCCCCCUCCCUGUCAGCCGGGCUCGAUGUGGCGUCGCUGCUGCUCAAGGGCGGGGCGGCCCUGGGCGGCCUGAUGGUGGGGUACUCGGCCUGCCGCCUAUCGUACUUCGUGUGUCGUUAUGUGUGGAACUCGUCCAAGUACCGCGAGCUGCCUGCGAGUGAAGAGUCGAUGCCCGUGUGGACGGCCAAGGACCCGACGGGCAAGUUCGAGGACUUCCUCGAGUCCAUCCGGGACAAAGACAAACCCGGACAGUUCAGAAAGGUCAGUCAGUCGACAGACAUGGCACAGUCGACACACACAAUCAGGGCAGGGGAGGGGAGGGAUGGGCAGGGUUCUCAUGUCACGCGUCUGUGUCUGUCUGUGGGUGUUGAUUGCCCAUCGUGUGUGUGUGUGUGUGUGUGUCAGUUGGUUGACUGCGGUCCGUUCUUCGACGGUCGUCGGAUCGUGCUGAUCAACGACCCCGACGUGUUCGCCACGGUGCUCAACGACCUCAAGGCCUUCCCCAAAUACCCCGUCCAUGCCACAGAGGUCUACAUCGGCGAUGGGUAUGUAUGCCAUCCAAUCCAACACAAGCCAUGGGGGGGGACGACGGAAUCACAGCCGCCAUCAAAUGCCUUGUUGUCCCUUUCUCUGGUUUUGUGUGUUUGUGUGUGGUCUUAUGGUGGUCAGUUUGCUCAACGCCAAGGGUGCGCAGUGGCACCGUCAGAGGAAGCUGCUGACCCCGCUGUUCCACUUCAAGGCCCUAAAACAGGCGCUGCCACACAUGGUCCGCCGCGUCAAGACCGUCGUCGCACAGAUCGACCAAGAGAUCGACCAAAACACUGACAACCGCACCAUCAGAUGCAGAGACACAUUCAAGUCAGUCAGUGACCCCACAAUCGCGCCGCGGUGGCCACACACAGCAGGGUCUGACUGUGUGUAUAUCUGUGUGUAUGUGUGUGUGUCCUGUGUGUGUGGCAGUGAUUUGGCGCUUCAGAUCAUGAUGGAUUGUGUGUUCCCGGGCAAGUUUGACGGCCCUUGGAUGAUGGAGGCCUGGGAGAUCUCCACGCGCUUCUCAAACACAUACUUCAUCGGCAGACUCAUACUCGGUCAGCCACCCCCACCCCCACCCCACCCCCACCACCACCACCACACACCUUGUCUGUGUGUUCUUGCUGCAGGUUGGCCGUGGGACCUGCUGCCCCUCCCCUCCGCCCUGGGUCUGCACCUGCGUGUGUGGCGGAUCGCUCAGCGCGUCAAGGCGGCCAUCCGCGACACCAAGCGGCGGCUGCAGCAGCAGGAGGCGGAGCAGGGCAGCGGCAAGGUGGAAGCGGGUGGCAAUCUGGUGGAAAUGCUGGUGUCGACGGACGGCAUCAGCGACCACCAGGUGCUGCUGGAGGCCUUAACUUUUUUGGGCGCCGGGCACGCCACCACUUCCAACAUGCUCUGCUGGGCACUCUACCACCUCGCCAAAUACCCAGACAAACAGGUGCAAGGCGAGGCGAUGCAAUCAGUGGCCGCACUGUGUUGCUCGGUGGAUGGAUCGAUGGAUGCAUCCCUGGUGUGUUAUUGUGUUGUGUUGUGUUGGUUGUGUGUCAGGCCAAGUUGCAUCGUGAGAUCGACGAGAUGUUUGGCGGCGAGCCGAUCGCUCCGGAGGACUACAUGAGACUCGAGUACUGCAGGGCCGUCAUCAAGGAGACACUCAGGUACACCAGACACCAGGGGAGAAGGGAGGGCAGGGUGGGAGGUGAGACGACCAACAGGGCAACCGUCCAUUCAUCCACUGUCUGUCUGUCUGUCUGUCUGCCCGCAUCGACGAAUCAGGUUGCGUCCGUUGAUUGCCUACAUGGAGCGGCUCAGCCACAAGAAGAUCCACGUCGACGGACACACCAUCCCACCAGGUACACAACCAGACACCUGUGUGCAGGUACACAACCAGACACUUCUCCUCUCUCUCUGUCGACAGGCACUGCUGUGUGGCUGGGGACCUACUUCCUCCACCACGACGAGCGUUACUGGGAGGACCCCGAGGCCUUCAUGCCUGAGCGGUGGCUGGAGGAGGUGCCCGACGAGGGCCCCGACGCCAACCCACAGGACUCGGGGGUCACGGCACACCACGCCACACUCACCGACAAGAUGCGGACGGCCGGCGGGAGGGCGCCGCGGUACCAGGCGGCCACGCCAUUCAACCACCCGUAUGCCUACGUGCCCUUCGCUGCCGGGCCCAGGAACUGCAUCGGCCAGAAGGUGGGCAUAGCGGCGGACACACACUCACAUAGAGGCGGUAUUCUGGAUGGUGUGACAUAUUCUCGGUGGCCCGUUUGUGUGUUGUGUAUGUCUGUAUGUGUCAGUUCGCGCUGCAAGAGUCGAUGGUACGCCGACGCGCGCACAUGAAAAGGCCCCCACAUGGCCACCCAUUCUCUCCGUUCCCCUGGCAUGUGUGUGUGUGUGUGUGUGUGUGGUGUGUCCAGGUGAUCCUGUGCGAGUUGUUUCAGCGGUUUGAGGUGUCGCUGGCGGGCCCCGACCGAGUCAAGGCCAUGUUCCCCAUCACCAUGAUCCCACUCAACAUACACAUCGCAUUCAAACGGCGGACCACAUUCUACUUCAGCAACAACACACACACCACAAGCAGCAACACAAGCCAGGCAUCCACCGCCCCAUCCACACCCCUGCUCCCCGCUGCUGCUGUGUGACCACACUCGCCUGUGCUGUGCUGUGC